GUAGGCUAUGCCUAGACCUAGUAGCUAAGUAGUAUAGACCUAGCUAUGCAUAGUUCCGUUCCCCUGUUACGCCUAGACCUACUGUCUAACCUACCUAGCCACUAUUCAAACAUAUUGUUGAGUGAUGAUACUCCAGCCGGAGUUUAUCAAUUGCAUUACACUAUCAAAAUCAAGACUAAGGCCUAGGCCUUUCGUACUUCAUCUUUCUCAAGCCUAGCUUUCCCUUUGUUGAGGAAGUUGGCUAGGCCUAUGAUGAUUAUAUUGCUUUCUUAGGCGAGACUUUCAAUACCUUAUUUCACAAAAUUAUUUUUUUAAAGAUUGCCAGAGGAAAGUGGAAAUAAUUAUUAAAAAAAUAAAAUUGUAUUUACUUACUUAGCAUAUAGACUUGCCAAAAACUUACAGAUGGAAGAGAAAAUAAAAAUAUUUAUUGGUGAAUGCAAACAGUUUAUUUUGGGAUGGAAGUGCUUUAAAUUUAUAUAAUUAGAAAGAAUCUUAUCUUAUUUUUGGAGAUUUCAAUGCAAAUUUUAUUGUUAUUCAAAAUCGUCAUUGGUGGGCGGCAGCGGGUUCGUUAAACAAGGUAUAAAAAAAAGUCUUGCCUUAGCUAGAACAGGUACUGAAGUAGGCCCUCUAUGUCUUGCUUGGCUAGGUGACAUAGGUAGCCUAACUGUGGCCUGCUAUUGAAAUUCAUCAAAUUUGCAUGGAAAAAAAAUUGUUACAAAAAUAGAAAAGAGAACCAGGAAAGAUGCCAAAAAAGAAGCCUGUUGACCAGAAUUGUGUCCGUAGGCAAUCGUCACGGAAGAUACGUGCUCCACAAAAGUUUGAAGCCACACCCAUAAAAAAAGAACAGGGUUACAAUUACUGGAAUUUGACACAAAAACAAAGUUUACUGAAGGUUUUGACACAAUUUUCUGAACAACAGGUGCAGCCAAAAACUUUAACUCAAACACAUUAUAAUACUUUACGUAAAAGUAUCAAGACAAAGUCAGUUGACAGUAUUAAAGAUUAUAUUAAAUACUUAGCCCAGUCUAUACCAAGUACCGAGGAAAAAGAUGCAGAUGAUGGUGCUCCUAUACAGGAAUGGGUUGAAUUAGCCGAGGACCUGGCCGAAGCAACAAGCCUAGAUUGUUCUUCUGACAUCUCAAAGAUGCUUUCUACUGCCUCAAAAGAUGACCAUGGAGUGUUCUUUACCAACCCAGAUUUCAAGAGCCUUUACCAAUUCCUGGAUGCCUUAUUCCAUGGCAAAAAUCUACCAGAUCUCACAAGCAUUGAUUCCUUAGUGAUCCUUGAUUGCAUGGACAAGCUUGCUUGUUUUUUGGAUGAUGUGGAUACAACUGAACAGAAAGACUAUAUUAUCAAUCAAUGUGAGAAAAUAAGAACAUUUCUUUAUAGUGAGAAAGAUUUCAAUGUUACAACUGAAAUGUGUGAGGAUAUCACAGAUGAGGAUGAUAAUAGUGAAGAAGUUAGUCAUCUGGAACAAAACAACCAAUCACAACGAUCAUUACAGCAUGACCAGCCAGUUGCAAGCUGUUCUAGAAGUGACACGAAUUCUGUGAAAAAUGCUAAAAAUAGAAUAACUUUGAGUAUGUCAAGUUUAAAUCCUUUUGGAGUACCAACUGAUAAAGUGAACUUUCAAAAAGAUGAUGUCACAGAUGUUUGAUAUGGUCAUGGAUAGGCCCUACUUGCACAUCUAUUUGUCUAUUAGAUUUAUAAAAGGUUAUAUAUGAUAUAUGUUGUACAGUACAUUGUUUUGGAUAAUAAAAUAUAGAGUAUAAAUGAUAACUCUA